GUCACUAGAUUUGCCAAACAACCAUUAUCCAUUAUCUUUUGGAGGGGCACACUUUCACUGGAAUGUUGCCGGAUUGCAAACCAUUACGGAGUAGUCAUUGGCAGGGUCUGGAAAAGUGAGGAUCACAGCCCAAUUCCUUUAGGUAGAGGGUCAACAGAGUGACAUGCCACAGGAACCUCUGGGAGGGAGCUGAUCCGAUCUGCCUGCUCCUCAUCAAUCCUACCGCUUACAUUAAUCCAGCCCAUUUUAGGUCCGUGGUUAAGGAGCGCCAAAGAAAGAGAACUACAGCAGAAACGGACAGUGGAUAUGCUUUUCUUAAAUGUAACCGAAACCCUCCCUCAGCCAAAUGUUCUGAUCCAUGUGCCUUUGAAAUGUGAGAGGCCAAAUGGAUAUGAUAGGUAAUUAUGACCUUCUCCCUGAGGACUUUUCAAACACAUUUUAGAGCAUCCUAGAAUUCUUCCUUUCCUUUUUCCAUUCCCUAGUCUUCGAUCGCUCUCCUUGUGAGAGAACACAGCUUUUAGGCAUUUAGCCUCGAUGUGGCCCUUUCUUGAUUUUCCCACGAGCGUCCUGGGAAUUGGACAGGAAUCUGUGGACCAUGUACAGACUUGAUAGUCUGGAAGCCCAGUUCCUUUCUUGCGUCCAAUGGGCUCCUUCCCUCACCACACCCCCUAACCCCACCACGCGCUCACUAUACAGCGGCCAUCACAUCUGUUUUGUAGAACCGAGGAAACUGAAUCCUAAAGGUGAAAGGGGAAGAUAAGCACAAAGUCCAGCACGUUCCUCACUCAGCAGCCCAGGGGUUUUUACAUGUCCUAUAGUUAAUUCGCGUUAAUUUGUUCUCAAUCUCUUAGUUUAAUUACUUUUCUUGAAAAGAUGCCUGGGACAAGGCCAACUUCGGAGGAUGGAAUGUCCCCAAGUCAGGAUCUGGAAACAAUCAGCUCUUUUGGUUUUAAGGCUAGAGCGCCAAGAUCUUAUGGAACCUGAAUUCCUGGUGAGCAGUCAAGUUCUUUCAUCCGCCCCCAGCAGGAUUCCGGUGGCUCAAAACAGAAAAAGAAAAAAGAAAAAAAAAUCUAUUAAAAACAAAAAACAAAACAAAACAACAAAACCCGAGUCAAGCCAAAGCGAAGCCACCCCCAACUUCCUCAUUUCUAAAGGAAAGCCCUGGUCCACCGCAGUCCUCCCGCACACUGCGACAGCUCAGAGGCAGCACCGCAGUUAGGGACCCCGGGCGCAGGACUAGCGCCCUCGGGAGCUACUGGCUGGGCGCGCGCCGCGGGGCGGGGCCCAGGGCGCGAUCCACCCGCUGCUCGGUUCCCCCGAGCGCUUAGGAAAGGAGCGAGCGCCUCUCUUCCAGGCCCGGGGUCCUAGUCCGGCCGGAGGAACCUCCAGGGCGCCCGCUGCUGUGGUGGCAGGAAGUCUCCGGGAACUACAAAUCGAGGCAUGCUGGGAACAUUCCCCUGCUCCUCCCAGGAAAUGUCCUUUGUCCAGCCCUACAGGAAGCCCCAGUGAGGAGCCAGCCGGGCAAGCAGCCAGUCUGCCUGCCAGCCAGCGGCCGCUGCAGCUGCCGCCGCCGCCGCACAAGGGCAGACGCGCCGCGGCGCGGGGCUCGGGCCGGGGCGCGCGGUGCCCUAGCUCCUGGCCGCGCCCGCCGCCGCGCAGCAGGGAUCCCUGGUCCCCUCCCUGGUCCUGUGCUUCCUGGAUGGAACAAGAAGAUAAGCAGGGCGUGUGCGGAGCCCAGGACUCAGGAGACAACGGGAUGGGCUCUGAUUUUGAGAACUCUGAAGAUGGGGAAGGGGACUCGGAAGAAAGAGGAAUGGGCUCCAACCCACAUGACGCAGCCAAGACAGAAGGCCGCCCAGAGCAGGAGAUGGGCUCCAACCCACGGGAGGAAGCUCUAAGAGGGCACUCGGAGGAGAAGGAAGUAGCGCCUGACAUCUGCACAGGGCUGCUGAGUGAGGAAGAAGGGGUUGCUCUCCGGGAGGAAGAAGAUGACCCUUCUGGAGUAGCUGAGAUGGCGAUGUUCCCGGGACUGUCUGAAUCAGACAGCAUUUCCCGGAGCUUCCGGGAAGAGGAGGAGGAGGAGGAGAGUGCAGGGGAGAACCGGCUGGAGGACGAAGAGGAGCAGCCGACCCCUCCCGUGCUUCCCUGGAGGCGGCACCUCUCCCUGGGGAGUCGGCACCGGGGCGACAAGCCUGCCCACCGUCGCUUCCGCCGGCUCCACCACCCCAUGGCCGUGGACCUCGGAGAGCUCGACAGCCUGAUGGCCAGCAUCAUGGACGCGCCCACCAUCUGCCCCGACUGCGGGGAGAGCUUCAGCCCCGGCGCCGCCUUCCUGCAGCACCAGCGCAUUCACCGCCUGGCGGAGGCCGCCGCGGCCGCCAGCCUGGAACCUUUCGGCUUUGCGGGCGAGUGCGGCGCGGUGGUGGGGAUGAUGGGCGUGGGCGUGGCCGGGGGCUUCGGGGCGGGGCCCGCGCUGGCCCGGCCCCCCCGCGAGAAGCCCUUCCGCUGCGGGGAGUGUGGCAAGGGUUUCAGCCGCAACACCUACCUGACCAACCACCUGCGGCUGCACACGGGCGAGCGGCCCAACCUCUGCGCCGACUGCGGCAAGAGCUUCAGCUGGCGCGCCGACCUGCUCAAGCACCGGCGCCUGCACACGGGCGAGAAGCCCUACCCGUGCCCCGAGUGCGGCGAGGCCUUCAGCCUCAGCUCGCACCUGCUGAGCCACCGACGCGCGCACGCUGCGGCCAGCGGCGCGGGGCCGGCGGCGCUUCGGCCCUUCGCCUGCGGCGAGUGCGGCAAGGGCUUCGUGCGCCGUUCGCACCUGGCCAACCACCAGCGCAUCCACACGGGCGAGAAGCCGCACGGCUGUGGCGAGUGCGGCAAGCGCUUCAGCUGGCGCUCGGACCUGGUGAAGCAUCAGCGCGUGCACACGGGCGAGAAGCCGUACAUGUGCUCCGAGUGCGGGGAGACCUUCAGCGUCAGCUCGCACCUCUUCACGCACAAGCGCACGCACUCGGGCGAGCGGCCUUACGUGUGCCGCGAAUGUGGCAAGGGCUUCGGGCGCAACUCGCACCUGGUGAACCACCUGCGCGUGCACACGGGCGAGAAGCCCUUCCGCUGCGGCCAGUGCGAGAAGCGCUUCAGCGACUUCUCCACGCUCACGCAGCACCAGCGCACGCACACGGGUGAGAAGCCCUACACCUGCAUCGAGUGCGGCAAGAGCUUCAUCCAGAGCUCGCACCUGAUCCGCCACCGCCGCAUCCACACCGGCAACAAGCCGCACAAGUGCGCGGGCUGUGGCAAGGGCUUCCGCUACAAAACGCACCUCGCGCAGCACCAGAAGCUGCACCUGUGCUAGGGCUGCGCCCCUGGGGAGGCUGCCUCUGGGGAGUACGUGGGGACUAGAUGUCCUGGGACAGACCCUGUAGAAAAAGAUGGGGAAGGGGAGGGAGGGACAAUCUGAGAAUGACUGGGGAGCUUUUAAGGGUUAGGGCCCGGAAGGGGAGGGCUGUGUAAGGGUUGUUCUUUUUGGAGUGCUGUAUUUUACCUGCUUCCCCCAGACGAAGAAAAGUUUGGAAGAUGUGCCUGAGCGUGGUGACGUCAUCAAAUAAAUAGGGGGUGCAGGGCGAGGAGGAGCAGGCGCCUGAGGAUCUUGAGGAAGGGGAGUUAGCGGGGAGGGGGAGGGGGAGGGUACGGGGUGGUUGCCAAUAGAGUAGGUUGGGCUGUAAUGGCCCAUGGGAAGCGGGGAGAGCGUGUGGUUGGUGUGAGGUUUAUGGGGUAAAAUAAAAGGGGGGCAUGAGUAAUCCUAUCCUGGUUUCACCAGGUGUUAAGCCACUGUUUGCCCUGUCUCUCCACAUCAGCUAGAGUCCCAGGAAGCGGAGGAACUUGGUUAGUCCUGUAGGAGUGGAUAGUUUGUGUACCUUUCCCUUCCUUUCUCUGAGCCACAGUGAGCUGCUAUUUUGAGGCAUCCAGGGGAAACUGGGCAGAAAAGCUACACACCCUCACUUCAAGUGUGGAAUCUCUGACAUAGAAGUUCAUUCAGAGCUGGUUUUCUGAUCUGGGAAAUCAUGGUCCUGCUCCUGGUUCUUUACUACUUCCUUUAACAUGGUCAUGCUUCACGCUGGGUCAGGGUGGUCUCUGUGGAUGACCAGGCCUCUGCCCCUGUGUGUCAGGUGUGUUCCAGGCCCAGCAUGUCUUUCGGAUCUCACCUGUGAUCUCUUAAGUGCUGGGAACUGGAACAAUCCCAGCUAUGUGUGACUUUUCCCUUCUCAGAUCAGCUUGAUGCUUGUUUCGGGUGAACCUCAGGCCAUCAACAGUUGCUCUGGUGACCUGCUACAAAAGUCAACUAGCUCAGAACUUUGCAGGUCCUGUGUGAGAAAUCAGGGAAGCAAAUGUUCUCAUGCCGGGGUGUAAGGCUUCUUCCUCUCACUUGCCUUCACUUCGUAUCUGUGUACCCCUCCCCCUCUGCAGUAAGGGGGGUGAUAGUCCAACUGCCACCUCCAUGCGUAUUGAUAUGGGCUCUGGUCUAAGUAGAAAUGUCUAUUUCCUACACAGUGAGGCACAGUUGAAGCUCAAGACUCUAUACAAGGAGGGCGCAGGCAGGGAGAGGUAUCGAUGUAUAGUUGCCAAAUAGCACAAGCAAUGAAUGUUUUCUGGUGGUUAUAUAGAUGCCAAAAUAGCACUUUUGUCUUUGUAAAGUGCUUUAUGCUUUUUGAUGAUUGUUAGUUGUUUCUCAUGUCUUUGUGAGGUAGAACAGUAUUAAGUCCCCUGUCUUAGGGAAGACGUGGGGACAGGAGUGCGACAGACGUUUCUCUCUUUAGAGGCCAAUGACCGUGUGGAUAGGUGUGGUCUGACCUUUUGUGCUCUCCAACGCAGCUGCUAGGAAGACUUACCCUGUCGUGAUUUAUAUAAUAAGGACACUGAAAAUUCUUACACUUGGCGGACAACGUUAAGGCUAGCCUAGUAGGGCCAAAGAUGUCCUUGUUGACAAAGCUGGUCUUUGUCAUGUAAUUAGAGUGUCCUAGAUAUGUCCCAUUUCUAGUCGGGGCUAUAGUUAGAUGACUCUUGUAUAGACUUCAGUUACCCAUGCUGAAAAUCCCUUCCGUAGGUUAGCCUUUAGAAGGUAGAAUUGUGGAAAGCAGUUUUGUUUUCCUUACUAGCGACUGUUCCCCUGUUUUUCAUGGAAGAAUCUUCAUGAACUGUUGGACACGCUUGAAGGAGAAAAAAAAAAAAAAAAAAAACCCACAAGGUUGUUUUUACAGUUUUCUGGAGUUUUUAUGGAUACUGGCAAUGUAUACUUGAUCCGUUGUGUUCUAGCAAAGAACCUUUUUGGGGGACUGUAGGAAAGCAUGUUUUUGCCAUUAUGAAAACACUUUAAAAAAUCCUGAGACUUCUGGGCUUGUGUAAAGCCUGUUGAUCUUGCCCUCCUAAUCAGUUUCUUGUUAUUUGCAAACGCAAAUAGAUUUUCAAAAUAUAGAUAGUUUUGGGAGAGACUAAUUCCUUUUGAAUUUAGUCGAGAGUAAUCUGAGCAAAGCAAGUGUCCAUUAUUAAUUCUGACUCCUGUGAUCUGAAUACUAAGUAUAUAAGACUCACAUGAAAAUAACAUAGCCCAUUGGUAGGUAAUCAUUCCUUUGCAUGUGUGGUUUUUUUUUUGGUUUUUUUUUUUUUUUUUUUUUUUUCAUGCACAUCUACCUCUUCCAGCUGUUUUGAGUUCUCUUGAGUCUGUGCCUGUGAAAUCUCAUCCAACUUUUGAUUAUUCAUGAAUUGAUGAUCCACUGAAUGGGUCACUCGGUCUUUUGCUGACAUUUUCAUCCUGGUGCACAGUCUCGUCUGCAUCCACUGUGUUCCCCAGCAGUAGCUUUUGAGAAUGGGUUCGGUGGGGAGAGGAGACUGAAGUUAGGGUAAAGUAAUUUACUGGCAGUGGGAAUCUUUGAGUUUCAUUGAUUUCCUCUGUUCUUUCUGUUGCCAUAGAGAAGAAAGCCAGCUACUCCUUCAGUGUCCCUUCUGUGAGUAUCUCCCUUAGCAGAAGAAAACAACCCAACCAGCAACACCCCACUCUCAUGGUGCAUCUGAAAUGUGAUUCCAUUGUUCUUAUAACUCUUCAGGGAACAUAUCCACAUUAAGUGAGGUGAAAUGCAUUCAGGAGGCUCUUUCUUGUAUUUAAAAAAAUAGCUUUUUUUUUUUUUUUUUGCUUUUUAGAGCCACACCCAUAGAAAUGGAAGUCCCCAGGCUAGGGGUUGAAUCCAAGCUGCAGCUGCCAGCCUAUGCCACAGCCAUGGCAAUGCCAGAUCUGAGCCUUGUCUGCAACUUACACCACAGCUCAUGGCAACGCUGGAUCCUUAACCCACUGAGCAAGGCCAGGGAUCAAACCCUAGCAUCCUCAUGGAUGCUAGUUGGGUUUGUUACCGCUGAGUCACAAUGGGAACUCUGAAAAGCAGCAUUUCUAAAGCAAACCCUGAUAACUGUGGUUCACCCUUAAAAAUGUUAAUCUGAAGGCUCCUUCCACCAGCUCACAAAUGUUGGUGGGGCAAGGGUAUCAUCUGUUUCCUGGAAGUUCAGUCAAGUGCAGGCUGCAUGUUACUGAGCAAAACCUGGAGCAGUUUUAAAUAGGUUAAAAACACUGAGCUCUGAGUUGGAAGGAGAAGAGGAGACGGUAACCCCUUGAGCCAUGUGGCCUCUUCCAGGUCAGGAGGCUGUACAUAUGUGAAAAGUUCAAAUUAAGAACCUGUGUUCACAGACAAUCUGAACUGUGCUUCUGAAGUUUGUGCACAUUUUCUUUCACUGUAAUGUUAUUUUACAGCUGUUUGUUAUGAUAAUGAAUAAUUUAAUAAUGCUAAAAGUACCAGGUUUGGCGUGAGUGUGUGCUUGUGUAUGUGAGAAUUGCCUUAUUUUCAGGUUGUUUUAUUUAAUGAUGGUUCCUUGGACAGCAUUCUGGUGUUCAACCCCCCAAUACGGAAUAUAUGUCAUUAAAUCCGUAUCAGUCUUUUA